AGAAUGACUCCGAGAAAUAGCUCCUCAGUGACUGAAUUUAUUUUUGUGGGAUUCUCAGAACAGUCAGAGCUCCAUGUCCCCCUGUUCCUCCUGUUCUUAGGGAUCUAUGUGUUUACCAUGGUGGGCAACUUCGGCUUGAUCACCCUAAUUGGGCUGAAUUCUAGCCUUCACACUCCAAUGUACUUUUUCCUUUUCAACUUGUCUUUUGUAGAUCUCUGUUACUCUUGCGUCUUUACCCCCAAAAUGCUGAAUGAUUUUGUGUCAGAAAAUAUCAUCUCUUUCUCGGGAUGCAUGACUCAACUAUUUUUCUUCUGUUUCUUUGUCAGUUCUGAGUGCUACGUGCUGGUAGCCAUGGCGUAUGACCGCUAUGUGGCUAUCUGCAAGCCUCUGCUGUACACGGUCACCAUGUCCCCCCAGGUCUGUGCUCUGCUGAUGUUCAUUUCCUACAUGGCAGGGUUCGCGGGGGCCAUGGCCCACACUGGAAGCAUGCUGAGACUGAGCUUCUGCGACUCCAACGUCAUCAACCAUUACCUGUGCGAAGUACUCCCCCUCCUGCAGCUCUCCUGCACCAGCACCCGGUCCAAUGGGCUGGUGUUUUCUGUUGUUGUUGGAGUGGUCAUCUCGACAUCUAGCGUUAGCAUCUUCAUCUCUUACACUUUGAUUCUCCACAGUAUCCUCCGUAUCCCUUCUGCAGAGGGAAGGGCCAAAGCCUUCAGCACAUGCAGCUCCCACGUCCUUGCUGUGGCUCUGUUUUUUGGGUCAGGGGCAUUUACCUACCUAGCAACCUCUCUCCCUGGGUCUGUGGACCAGAGCAAGUAUGCUUCCGUCUUCUACACCAACGUGGUUCCCAUGCUCAACCCUUUGAUCUACAGUUUGAGGAACAAGGACGUUAAACUUGCCCUGGGUAAAACCCUGAAAAGAGUGCUUUUGUGA